AUGGCUAUCUUCAUUGAGCAGCCAGAGCUUGUGUCACAAGUUGAGGACCAGAGGCUUUCUUCUGAGACCAAUGAAGAAGUUGUAGCAUCAAGCGACACAUUCAUUGCCCCUAAAAUCAAUUCGUAUGGGAAAUCAUUUAGAGACUACAAUGUAGAAAACGAAAGGCAGCGAAGCGUGGAAGAAUUCUACCGGCUGAACCACAUAAAUCAAACGUAUGAUUUCGUGAAGAGGAUGAGGGAGGAGUACAAAAAAUUGAACAGAGUUGAAAUGAGCAUAUGGGAAUGUUGUGAGCUCCUCAAUGAGGUUGUGGAUGACAGUGACCCUGACUUGGAUGAGCCCCAAAUUGAGCACUUGUUGCAAACAGCUGAAGCCAUUAGAAAAGACUACCCUAAUGAAGAUUGGCUGCACUUGACUGCUCUUAUUCAUGACCUUGGAAAAGUGCUUCUGCUUCCUAGCUUUGGAGGGCUUCCCCAAUGGGCUGUGGUUGGAGACACACAACCUUUAGGGUGUGCUUUUGAUGAAUAUAUUGUGCACCACAAGUACUUCAAAGAAAAUCCUGACUAUAACAACCCUUCCUACAACACCAAAUAUGGAAUUUACUCACAAGGAUGUGGACUGGAAAAUGUGGUCAUGUCAUGGGGUCAUGAUGAGUACAUGUACUUGGUGGCCAAGGAAAAUGGAACAACCUUGCCUCAGGCUGGCUUGUUCAUCGUCCGGUACCAUUCAUUUUACCCUCUGCACAAGGCAGGGGCAUAUGAACACCUCAUGAACAAGGAGGAUCAAGAAAAUCUCAAGUGGCUUAAGAUAUUCAACAAGUAUGACCUCUACAGCAAAAGCAAAGUUCGAGUUGAUGUUGAAAAGGUCAAGCCCUAUUAUUUGUCCCUCAUUGACAAGUAUUUCCCAACAAAGCUCAGAUGGUGA